AUGUCCGCGGUAGUAAAUUCGGCGACAGCUAGUACCAGGGUGCGCCACCUUGCUACUGUGACUAGAGAACUAAAGAAGACAGGAUUAUAUGACUUUCAUGUAGAAAAUGGCGCGAAGAUGGUGCCCUUCGCUGGGUAUUCCAUGCCUCUUUCGUAUGGCAAUGUCGGAGCAGUUGCAAGCCAUGAUCAUGUGCGAGAAUCCGUUGGCCUCUUCGAUGUCGGCCACAUGGUUCAGUCAAAUUUCCGCGGUCCUACUGCUACUGCUUUCCUCGAGUGGUUGACGCCAUCGUCACUUUCUGCGUUAUCUCCAUAUUCAUCCACGCUGUCGGUCCUGCUGAACGAGAAGGGUGGCAUAAUCGAUGACACGGUCAUCACUAAGCACGCUGAAGACGCGUAUUACGUUGUAACAAAUGCUGGGCGUCGCGAUCGUGACCUUGCAUGGUUCAAAGGACGGGUGGCACUCUGGAACACCGGGGAAAAGGCGAAGCAAUUUGGUCCAGUCGAUCAUGAAGUAUUGGAAGGGUGGGGGCUUCUUGCUCUGCAAGGUCCCGAGGCUGCGCAAUACCUGCAAGGACUCACGUCCUUCGACUUGCAUGGACUAACGUUCGGCAAGUCAGCCUUCAUGCCGAUCGAGGGCUUCAAUUUGCACGUCGCUCGCGGCGGAUACACUGGUGAAGAUGGAUUCGAGAUCUCAAUACCGCCAUCGGAGACCGUGAAGGUUGCCAAGCUGUUGUCGAAGCAGCCGGUGCAACUCACAGGCCUUGGAGCUCGUGACAGUCUCCGUCUCGAGGCAGGCAUGUGUCUGUACGGGCAGGACCUUGACGAAGACACCACCCCUGUUGAGGCGGGUCUGUCAUGGGUGAUCGGGAAGGAGCGCCGUGAAACUGGCGACUUCAUCGGCGCGGAAAGUGUGAUUCAACACCUGAAGGAUGGUCCGCCACGCAGGCGUGUGGGGUUGAUAGUAGAAGGUGCUCCUGCAAGACAGGGUGCGCAGAUUUAUACUCCGAGCAGGGAGUUCAUUGGUACGGUUACCUCCGGAAUUCCCUCGCCUACGCUGGGAAAGAACGUUGCUAUGGGCUACGUGCAGUCAGGCUGGCACAAAAAGGGUACGGAGGUAGAAGUGGAUGUGCGCAACAAGCUGCGGAAGGCGGUAUUGACUUCUAUGCCGUUUGUGAAGACGAGGUACUACAGAGGCUAG